GCUACGGCCAGCCGCCCCCGCCGGGCCAUCCGCCCCCGCUGCACCACGGUGGCCCGUGCGCGCCGGUUUUCGAGCCCGCCUUCCUCUCCGGGCCGAAGCGCGGGUUCCAGCCGGUCACCGCGCACUUCUACAACGAGGAGGCUGGCCAGUACGGCACCGCCAUUCCCCCGUGGAUGGGGGGCGUCGCGCGAAAGCGGCGGCUGGAGCUGUCGCACGAGAGGGGCUUGCCACACCCGGGCAUCGCGCCGUGCUUCAUGGGCAGCCACAAGCCGCCGCCUCCACCGCCCGGGUUCGGCGCGCCCCCCGGCGGAGGCGGGCCAGGCAUCGCGGCGGCCAGAAGAGCGUUGCCGGGCGGCCCGACGCCCGCGAGCGCGGAGCCCGCCCCCGCCGCCGCCGCCGCCGAGGGCUGGCCGCUACGAUCUACGUUGCGAUCUGCUGGGCCUCGGGAGAAGCUGCGGGCCGCCCAGAGGGCAGCGCCGGCGCCGCCAGAGUGGGAGGGUGGCGGCGAGGUUGCGCCGAACACGGUGCGGUGGAUGACGCUCAACGAGUCCUCCACGAUCGUGCAGGCUGGAUUGCCCGACCUCGCCCCGGCGAUUGUGUGGGAUGCCAACCUGCAGAGCACCUUCAGCUCGUCCAAGAACAUUCUCUACGACCUGCUGGGGGAAUCCGCCGACAGCGAG